UAAUGUGCUGAGUAAACAUCACGUGACCAUUAGGUGACACUGUAAGGCCAGAAUCAGGAAAUCGGUGUAGUCGUCGCAUCGCUCUUAACACACCCAACCAUGGAGUCUGAUGCGCGGUCUCAAUCUCUCAAAUCGUUCAAGCAAAGGCGAUCUUUUGCUAGUAGAAAAGACGAAGUAGCAGGCAUUCGUAUCAAGUUUCCCAACAAAAUCCCGGUGAUAGUGGAGCGAUACGCCAAGGAGAAGGACCUUCCCUUGCUUGACAAAACGAAGUUCCUCGUGCCACAGGAGCUCACCAUGAGUCAGUUCGUUACAAUCAUCAGAAAUCGCCUUUCUCUCUCCUCGUCUCAAGCUGUGUAUUUCAUGGUAAACAACAAGACUCUUGCAAGCAUGUCAUCUACAAUGCAGGAGAUUUACAGUGGUGAGAAAGAUGAGGAUGGCUUCCUCUACAUGGUAUAUGCAUCACAGGAAAUGUUUGGUUGAACAAGAAGCUCAUGAACGAUGGGAAUGUAUAUAAUAUCUAGAUCUUGACAAUCAUUUCACUAAACGUGACAGUAACAAUCAUGUAGUGUGUAUCCUGUGUGUAGUACUAGGAAUUACAUUGAGAAAUGUUAUUGAUGUGUUGUAUCAUCAGUCAUGUGGACUGUAUUGGUAUCAUAAUCUGAAUGUUCAAUUUUACUUGA